ACUUUAUCUCAGUAAAGUUUGAAUUAUGAAUUUAAGAUGCUUGUCAAUCAUAAAUUGUCAGAAAUGCAGGUUAAAUGUAAAUACUGGGGAGGAGCUGUAGUUCUUCUAGUUCUCCAGCAGGUGGAGACAUUUCUCUGCUUCACUUUGUUUUUCUUUUUCUCAUCAGCAGGAAAUGUUGGUGACAAACAGCUGAUAUCCUGACUGAACUAAUUCAGUAAAUUAGAGAUUAAACAGACGAGUUACCAGAACAGUUUGAUGCAGAUUAUUUAUUCUCAUGUGAAACUCAGUGAGAGUUUAUUUGAUUUAACAUGUGGGAUUAUUUUAGAUUGCAAGAAGGAAAUCCAUAAUUCACUGCUGUGAGUCCAGUUGUUCCUUGUAUUGAUGUUCUGCUGCCUCUCCUCCUCUUCCUCUCUCAGGAUGAAGAUGAUCUCCAGCAUCCUGCUGCUCCUCAUCCUCAGCUCAUGUCUCUGUGCAACAUUUGUAGUGAAUGUGACACAGAGCAGCUAUCAGGCAGAGGAGAACCACAGCAUCACUCUGGAGUGGACCUUCACCACCAAGACUCAGGGAUCCUGGAAGAAUCUGUUCAUCUACUGUGAAGCGAACACUGAUCAUGGAGUCUUUGUUCUCUAUCAGGUCCAUGAAGGAGUUGAGAUUCCAGAAUCUCAGGAUGAACAGUUUUCAGGACGAGUCCAGAGUGACAAAGACGUCCUCAGAGAAGGACGAAUCAGACUCCAUGUGUCCAGACUGAGGACUGAAGACUCUGGUCUGUAUCUGUGUGACGUGAAAACUGAAGAUGGAUUCAACUCUGGAAGAUGUGGACUCAACGUUACUGCAACCGCUGAUGUCUCUCCAACCCAGAGAACAACCUUGGAUGCAGAAGCAGAAGGUCGAGGAAGGAUCGGCCUCCAUGUCUCUCUGCGACUGACAGCAGCAGCAGCAGCAGCUCUGAUGGUCAAACUCAUCUGUAAUUACUGUUUUACAAAAAUAUUAGAAUAUUCCCAAUUUUAUUUCAGCCGUUUAUCAGAACCCUGAAUGUUAAUUUGGCUAGUGGACAGAUGGCUUCAUGUUGAACUCAUGUUGAGGUUUUGGUUUGACUACAGGGUGUCCAGGUGUUGCUGCUAAACAAACCCAGAUCAAUAUUCCUCUCCCACUGAGCUUUACAGGUGGUUUUGGUGAAUUGAAGACUAAAAAUCUGGUUCUGCGUUCAGAUGCAGAUGUGAAAACCAAUAAUGUGCUACUGAUCCGUUAGGGAGAAGAGUCUUUCUACUGGUUACCAUAACAACAAUCCAUAUUGGUUCAACCUUUUCCUCACUGUUCUGUCAUGACCUUUAACCUUUAUCAAGCUACCUCAGGCCUGGAGAGCAGCUAAUGAAGCUCUUUGGUUUGGUGUAAUUUCUCUGAACAAAGAAGAUGGAGUGAAGCAAAUACCAUUUAUCAUGUAAAUUCUGUUUUAUAUACAGGGAAAAUAGAAACUCCAGUCCUCGAGGGCCGCAGUCCUGCAACUUUUAGAUGUGCCUCUGCUGCACCACCUGAAUAGGAUAAUUAUGGCUCUGGAGAACUGAUCUACACAAGGAGGAAGUAAUUAAGCCGUUUCAUUCCAGUGUUUUGUACCUGUGGCACAUUUAAAAACUGCAGGGCAGCGACUGGAAGACUGGAGUUUGACACCUGUCGUGUAUUUAGAUAAAAUUAGAACAAGA